AUGACACUACCUGUGCCUUCGUAUAAUCUGUGGAUAUUCUAUCUAUCUAUCUAUCUAUCUAUCUAUCUAUCUAUCUAUGUUCUAUUCACAUCUCUCUCUCUCUCUCUCUCUAUCUAUCUAUCUAUCUAUUUCAGUCUAUUCACAUCUAUCUAUCUAUCUAUCUAUCUAUCUAUCUAUCUAUCUAUCUAUCACAGUUUAUUCACGUCUAUCUAUCUAUAUUUGGUCGAUCAGAUAGAUAAAUCUUCUAUCUAUCUCAGUCUCUUCACAUCUCUCUCUCUCUUUCUCUAUCUAUCUAUCUAUCUAUCUAUCUAUCUAUCUAUCUCAGUCUAUUCACAUCUAUUUCAGUCUAUUCACAUCUAUCUAUCUCAGUCUAUUCACAUCUAUCUGUCUAUCUAUCUAUCCCAGUCUAUUCUAUCUAUCUAUCUAUCUAUCUAUCUAUCUAUCUAUCUAUCUAUCUAUCUAUCUAUAUUUGGUCGAUCAGAUAGAUAA